AACCACCGAGUGGCAAUGCACUUCUCCGGUCAUUUCGGUCUGGUCAGGCAGCCAGAGCCAAAGCUUUCAGCGGACUGUUUGGCCGCCUCCGUUCCUCUCGGCUCUCGCCCUGCCCUUGUUCGCCAACUCGCCUCCGUCUCUCCCUACCCGACUCUACCACUUCCCUCGGGUUUUUCUGUCACUCAAUCUUUCCUUCUCCGUUUCUCUUCCAAUUCAAAGCUCAGUCAGUUAGCCGGCGAGUCCUCAAGAACAAUGAACACGGUAUCCGUAUCCCUCAAAAACCCUAAAAUGGCGUCCUGCUACUACUCUCCACUCCCAGCACUUCCCUCCUCUUGUCCUUCCAUUCCCUCCCUCCAUUUCCAACCUUCUUCGUAUUCGCUUACCGACUGCAGAACUUCUUCAAGACUCUCGAUCGAUCUUCUUCCUCCCAACGGCCUACGCCUUGGCCUCCCUUCUCUCCGCUGCAUGACUCGUCUGACUUCCAUCGUCGCCUCCGCCGCUUCUCGCCAAGAAUCGGCGCACCCUGAUUUCGAAGUGGAGAAGAAUAACGAGGAUCUCGACGCCAGGAAUCAAGAGUCUCAGGAAGCUUGGAAGAAGGCCCUUGAAUCGUUCAAGGAACAGGCCAUACACAUGAAGGGAAUCUCUCAGGAAGCGUACGAAGUCUAUUCCAAGAAGGCCAUGGUCAUCCUGGGAGAGACGUCGGAGCAGCUCAAAAUCCAAGCUGAGAGGGCCAGGAGAGAUUUGAAUUCCUUGGCUAAGGAGAUUAAUGAAGCUGCCGAGAACUCUCCUGAAGGUGUUAGGGAUAUUCUGGAGACUAUCAGCUCAUCUACUGAUGUCAAAGAUUUCUCUGAGCUCAAGGAUUACCACGUUGGAAUAGGUUACGGUUCCAUUGUGUUUGCUGGUGGGUUUGCUGCGUUCAUGUUGGCCGGGAGCAUUUCUGCUGUUAGGUUCGGUGUGAUUCUUGGUGGCGCUCUUUUGGCACUUGGUAUAGCAAGUCGAAGAGCUCAGAACAAUGGAGAGGCAUAUGAUGUGCCUUUGAAAGGACAGACAGCAAUUGCCACGAUAAUUUUCCUUAGGAAGAUCACUCUGCUGUUUCAGAGAGGUUCUCUUUUCCAAUUCGUUUCGGCUGUCAUCAGUACUGCUGUGCUCGCGUUUUACUGCUAUAGGAUUGGCAUGCUGAAGGGGACUAAAUGGGGAACACCUGCAGAAGAGUGAUGCCCUCGUCCAAUGCCUGCAUGAGAUAUCUAAGAUGUCUGUUGUCGUUGGGCAGAUGUUUGCUAUUUCCUGUCAGUGAUCAGAGACAAAUACAAAUUUAGACCCUGAGACAUCAUUGCAGCUGAUGUUUGAGGCAGAAGGUAGUGUAUGUUAGUUAGGCUCGGGCAGUAGGAUAGGUGGAGGUUAUUUAGGUUGCUUCCAGUUCUAGAGCAUCUGCAGCGCAAAAUGCAGUGUGUCCUUGCUACCUUUUCUGGGCUGUGUUCUGAUUGUGCAUGCGGUAUGGAAGCAACAGGGUUUCGUAGUGAUUCUGAAGGGUGUUUUGGCAUUGAAAUGUCGGAUCUGUUUAGCCCUUCUAUGUUCUUAGGAUCGACAUGUUUAAGGCCAACCAGUUACAGAACCUACUUUGCGAAAUGAAACUGGUCGCGGUUUAUCUUCUAUGGUUUCGAGGUGGUUUGAAUGUGUAUUCAACUAUUGUUUUUGUCAAUAGAAUAGCCUCUUCCAAAAUCAAAUAGAUGCUAGUCUCCUGCAAACAGAUUAUGGCCUGAAAACAAUGCGUUGAGGAACAUAGGGC